ACGAAAGUGUACAAACUGCCGGAAAAUAGCUUUACCAUACAGUUGCUUUUUGGGCUUUUUAUUGUACUACACACGAGCAAAAAGAUAGCAUUUCAUCAGGAUGGUUGUGAUGACAAUGAUAGGCCGUGUUAUUGACGGCUUACCACUGGCAGCCUCUACGCAAAGUGAUCAAGACACCACUAAGGACUACCAAGCACAAGCCAAGAUGUUGUUCAGAAAACUCACAGACCACUCACCAGCAAGAAGCAGCAUUGAAACUGGAACAAUGAUGUUUCAUUACAUUAUCGAAAAUGGUGUGUGUUUCUUGACAUUAACCGACAAGACAUUCUCCAAAAGAGCAGCAUUUAGUUUUCUUGAGGAGUUAUCUUCUGAGUUUCACAGGGAGUUUGGUCACAAAAUUGCUACAGCAACUAGACCCUACUCAUUCAUUGAAUUUGACACAUACAUUCAAAAGGCAAGAAAGAACUACCAGGACUCAAGAACAAGAAGAAAUUUAAACAGAUUAAAUGAUGAACUCCAUGAUGUACAGAGAAUUAUGGUUCAAAACAUUGAUGAUGUUCUUCAAAGAGGGGAACAAAUUUCAGUGUUAGAUGACAAGGCAGGAAAUCUAAGGUUCCAGUCUGAAAAAUACAAGAAAGAUGCAACCUACUUGAAUCUUCGUUCUUCUUAUGCCAAAUACGCUGCUGUAGGAACAAUUUUUGUAGUGCUUAUGAUUUAUGUUCGGUUCUGGUGGUUUUGAGGAAUAGCACACAGCAUGUUUGCUGAAAUAUAGAGCUUAUAUUAACUAAAUAUGUUAUUAAUAGUAAUAAUAAUAUGAUCUUACUGGCUAGACAUUUCUAUGAAAUAGUAGUUAGCCAGGUAGGUACGCAAUUACAUGAAGUAAAGUUAUAAACCUGUUGUUGACAUUUUUAAUUGUCACCAGAGUCGUCAAAAGUAGGCCUCUGCUGGCAAAGUCACUAUUUGCAUCAGCUGGCCACUCUCUGGGCUAAUUACCUGAUUAAGUUGGCAAACUCAACCACCUACCCUUUGUAACACCACUGUUUCACUGCUUGGGAUUACUCCCUUUACUUUAAAACCAUAGCACUAUGUGAGAAACUGGUUCAUUCCCCUUCCAGGCACCACAGUACCUUGCACAACAGCAUGAUUGUGCUGUGAUGUAUGGAAGCAAAUUCAACUGACUGCUCUCUUUGGCCCAAACAAAAGUUUAUCAGAUAUUUUCCUUUAUAAUGUAGAAAGGACUCUGCGUGCGCUGAUUGGUCAAAAACCCAUUUUAUAAAUCAGAGUAUAAAACAUACAAAAAGCAUGUUUUAUUGUUUUGCGCAUGAAAAAUCUAGAUCCUAAAGCAACCCUGAAGAAGUCUAAGCUGUGUAUUACUGUGAUAAAACACUCCGGACAUUUGAGAAAACUUGAGAAAUGUAGAAAACACUUGCC